AUGGAAAGAGAUUCCACAUCUGUUCUGUGUGUUGGUGCCAACUCAAGGGAAGAUGUCGACACAAAUCGGAUAGAUCGAGAAGUACUGAGUAGUACUCGAAAGAGUCAAAUCCUGUUGGUGGAAGAAAGCUUCGAGUCUUGGACCACGGCACGACGUGGCCUCAGUCGUGUUGUUUCAACUACCGAUGAAGCCAUGGACGCCCAUAUGAUGAUGAACAGACCAGGGAUACAAGUAGCAGAGAAAAUACACUCAUCCCAAAAUUCAUCUGGUAGUGACGGUGGCCACACACACAGUCACGACGAUUGCGAAGUACUUCAACCGUCCGCAUCUUUCAUGCACAACCGCUUGAGAAUGCCUUCGAUGACGAACUGGGUAGAUGGUGGGCAGCCUCCAACUAUCGAUAAAACCAGUCCUGUGAAUUUAUUUCCUGUGGGAGCGGCCGUGCACCGUUUACUGAUCUCUAGCUGUGGUGAGGUUGAGCCUUGGUACCAUUAUCGGGGGCUCCUGGGGGGUUAA